AAAAGGGGCGUGGUUUGUCUGUAAACACAAAGAGCUUCUGAGUGGGGCGUGUUGUGAUGUUAGCCCCGCCUUUCUCAUUGGAUAUUCUGUUCAGUAACACCCCUUCCUGCUUCGGAAGAGUGGGAGGCUUUGUUUGUGAUUGCAAGAUGGCGGCUGGGAUGUAUCUGGAACACUAUUUGGACAGUAUCGAGAAUCUGCCAUUUGAGCUGCAGAGGAACUUCCAGCUAAUGAGAGAUCUGGACCAGAGAACAGAAGAUAUGAAGGGCGAGAUCGAUGGGCUGGCCACGGAGUACACAGCGAAUGCGCGCACGCUGUCCUCCGAGCAGAAGCUCUCCCUGCUGCGGCAGAUCCAGGAGUCCUACACCAAGUGCAAGGAGUUUGGAGACGACAAGGUGCAGCUCGCCAUGCAGACCUACGAGAUGGUUGAUAAGCACAUUCGGCGGCUGGACACGGACCUGGCUCGGUUCGAAGCCGAUCUGAAGGAGAAGCAGAUCGAAUCCACGGACUACGACUCCUCAUCCAGCAAGGGCAAGAAGACAGGAAAGAAAGCCUCUGAGCUGCAGCACGUCAAAUACAGCUCUGAGGUGGUGAUGUCAGCGACACCAGCAGAGGUCAGGGGUCAGAAAGAUAAGAAGGUUGCCCGCACCAGGUCAAAGGUGAAGAAUUCGGACGAUGACAGCAGUCCUAAGAAUGGACAGAAAAAACUAAAACUGGUGCACUCGACGGAGUAUAGUGCCCCCGCUGUUACCUUUGGGAACGUGCACCCCUCUGAUGUGCUGGACAUGCCUGUGGACCCCAAUGAACCCACAUACUGUCUGUGUCAUCAGGUCUCAUACGGGGAGAUGAUCGGCUGUGACAAUCCUGACUGCUCUAUCGAGUGGUUUCAUUUCGCCUGCGUUGGACUCACGACUAAACCGCGAGGAAAGUGGUACUGCCCUCGAUGCUCACAAGACAGAAAGAAGAAGUGAACAGUUUGAGAAACAGUCAGUCCGCACCCUGAAAACAAAUAUUUGUUUUGUUAUUUUGUUUUUGAGGCGGGUGUCCCCUGUAAUGCAUUGGAAUCGAAACUCAACCACAUUGCAACGGAAAACUAGUUCAAAAGAGCAAUAAUAUAGUGUAGUGCUGAUUCAAACUGUAGACUUAGUAGCACCAAACUAGACUAGGCUGCACUAGAAUUACAUUGAAACUGCAGUUUGAGAUCACUAGACUAGAUUGGAAUGGAAUAACAUUGAAACUGUGGUUUAAGAUGAUUAGACUAUUGGAAUUACAUUGAAAAUGCAGUUUGAGAUCACUAGACUAGACUACUGGAAUUACAUUGAAACUGCAGUUUGAAAUUACUAGACUAGCUUGCACUAGUCACUGCAUUGGAACUGCAGUUUGAGAUUACUGUAGCUCCUUUUAGACCAGUUUUCCUCUAUUAAUUUGAACUGCGUUUGUCUUGAUAUUUCAUAGUAAAACCCUGACAGCAUUAAUCUAAAAACCUGACUCAGCAUUUUCCAUGAUAGCUAACAUUUAACUUUCUGCGUAAAACUUCCAAGGCUGUUUUUCCUGUGAGCUGGAUAGUGUCUAAUAGGUUUUAGCAAUUGCCAAAUCAUGAGAUAUAAAAUGUGUUUUGUUUAUGAAAUAGCCCCCUAAAAUACAACUUGCCUCUCACUUCCACCUGCUCACUAUCUUGGUGUCAAUGCAUUUUUUAGUAAAUUUUUUUUUUUUUUUUUUUUUUUAAUUUUUUAAACAUUUCAAAUGGGGCACUGUACUAGUUUUAAUGAGAACUCCCAGUUCGCAUCACACCUCUUUGUACUUUUCUUACUUUAUUUUCCUUUGU